GAACAUGAUGGUCCUUCGACCCUGUGUUCAUCGAGUAUGCCACAUAAUUCGCAUCAAUUCAAAUUGGGUACUCGCCUGCUGUGCUUUUACCUUACCAUCUAUUUGUGAAUCGAUUGGCUUGCUUGCCUGUAUCCUGUCCAAGCGUCGAAAUCCUAUUUAAGGUGUGCCAAUGUUCCCAUCUUCGAAGCAUCAUUUCAAAGCAAAGUCGCCAUGUCAUUCCAGAUAAUACAAUGAUCACAGCAGUUAUAUUGGCUAUCUUCGUGAUGAUACUGGGCACAAGUCUCUUGGUCAGCCACGGUCUUCUGAUGAUCUUACAAGAACUUUCUUGUUUCUUGGCAGAAUAGUCUUCUUCGGACAUUUGAAGCCCAACAUCAGGCGACUUUGGCAACGAGGGGCUGAGCCUCUCUAGGAAUAGUACAUAUAAAGCGGACGUGUUAAUAGGUUGAUGGCUUGUAUAUUCGUAUUCGCUUAGGCUUGUACUCCAGACAGACAGACAAGAUGUCUUCAAGUAGUCCGACAUUCGUUUCAGGCUUGCGUGUCACACAGUAUUUCAACGUUGCAGGGCUGGUAAUAUUGAUUUACGACUAUUGUAUUACACUGGGGGCUGAGGUGCUUUGGAUUUGGGGAAGACGAUGGGAUAUCACGCGGGUCACCUUUACAGUCGCGCGUUAUCUAGCGUUCUUAGGCGCCAUAUUGACUGUGUACUCUGCUGUAACAACACGUACCGGUAAUUGUUCACCCUUCAGUGACGUUAAUAAUGUUAUACACAUAUUUGCAAUUGUGGCUGCAGAAGGUCUGCUCAUUCAACGUACCUACAGGUUUUGGAACGGUAGCAAGCGAUUGCUAGUAUGGCUUUUGGGAUUUACUGUCAUAUUAAUUGUAAUUGUCGUCGUCGUUCCAAAUCUAGUGCACAUUUCACAUAUCUACAGCGAUCCCGGUGGUUGUAUUUUCGUUGGAAACAGAACAGAUAUUAUCAUGUAUGGUGCUCUGUUACUAUAUCAAUUUAUUUUGAUAUGUUUGAUCAUAUGCAGCCCCAUGACCAUGAACAUAUAUCGUGACACACUUAUGUAUAUUGCUUGUAUUACCUCAAUAACAAUAAUCAACACAGGCGUUGUUGCUUCGGUUCCUGCAGGCUACAUCAGUAUGUUUGCUACGUUGCAAAUGGUUUUGCAUAGUGUUCUUUCCUCUCGCAUUCUAUUCAACCUCCGUCAGACUGAAGCCCUGGAACUUCAACAUGCAGACCGCACACAAGCAACUAUUUUGCUCAAGGGAUAUAAUAUGAUCGGCUCCUCCACAGCCACUGUUUCGAGAGAGGAGGAUGAGUGCUACACAACUUUAUUCCUCGCUCUCUCUCCACAGCGGCUGCAAAUUAACAUUGACCGAUUAAUGAUGUCAAGCACGAGCCAAUAUAGGCAAAUCCAGACCUUGGCCACGGAAGAUGUUGAUGUUGCAGCACUUAAUGAGUUAGAAGAAGAAUACUGGGCACAAGUAGAUGAACUUGACUUAGAAGGCAUGGUUGAGGCUGCGAUCGACAAGCCUGGAAAUUGA